AUGGUACACCUUGUGGCUGUACCAGAGACAAUCACGGCAAGUGGCUGUGCUUGUGUCUUUAUUGACACCAUCUUCCGACUUCAUGGGUUGCCCCGUGAACUCGUAUCAGACAGAGAUCCACGAUUCACUGCUGAUUUCUGGCGUUCCGUGUUCAAAUCACUCGGAACGCGCUUGAAGAUGUCAGCAUCUGAUCAUCCAGAGUCAGAUGGUCAGACGGAACGUGCCAAUCGUGUCCUUGAAGAGAUACUUCGAGGAUACGUACACUCCUUUAAGAGUUGGAGUGAGUUGUUGCCGAUGGUAGAGUUUGCCAUCAACAACUCGGUGCAUGCGUCCACGACACAUACACCGUUUUACGUGAAUGGCUUGCGCCAUCCGCGUGUACCCACCUUACUAGAGCGUAACUCUGAAGUCAUUGCGUUUGAUGCCGAUAUCGAUAACAUCGAUAUCGAAGAAGAUGAUGCCAGUGAGAGUGCGGAAGCCCUCACUGAAGACAAUGAUCCCAGUGAGAGUGCGGAAGCCCUCACUGAAGAAAAGGUUGUUGUCGCUGCAGUGCGCUCACAGCACACUGAAGCUAACGAGUCAUCAGAUGAGUUCAUACUGGCUCGUGAAACGGUAGUCCGUUUUGUGCAAGACUCUAUCGCCGAAGCGGUGGAUAAGCAAAAAGCAAAACGCUGA